AUGCUUCCUCUCCGCUGCUCUGCCCUUCUCACGUCGCUCGCGCUGGUCGCCGGCCAUGGCAUCGUGACCAACCCGGCGGCUGAGUUCUCGCCCAACGUCAUGCGCACGAACUACGUGGCGACGAUCCAAGCCAACUUGCCCGGCAAGUUUGACGGCUCGCCGCAAGACAACGUCGCGGCCUUUACGAGUGCCUUUAAGGCGCAGUCCCAGUUCAAGACGCUCCGCGACAUGCUCGAGCCGCAAGGGCCAGCGUGCGGCAACUCGCUUCCGAACGCCUCCAAGAAGACGAUCCCGUCCGAUGGCACCAUGACGUGGCUCAACCCCGAUACGGGCGAAGGCUUCAUCUCGAGCCACACGGGGCCGUGCGAGGUGUGGCUGGACGACAAGCGUGUGUUCCAGAACGAUGACUGCCCGACGAACUUUCCGCAAAAGCCCGCGGCCCACCUGCCGGUCGACUACUCGAGCUGCGGUGGCGCUGGCUGCAUGCUUCGCUUCUACUGGCUCGCGCUGCACCAGCCCCAGUGGCAAGUGUACAGUCAGCUCAAACAACCUGUCUGGAAUGAAAACUGCGUGCCACUGCAAGGCAACGGCCAAGCCGUCAAGGCCGAUGGACCGUCGUCGUCGCCAUCGAUGGCGCCUGCGCCUGGUUGCAGCCUCUCGAACAACCAGUACAAGCAGUAG